AUGAACUCCACGCUGAGUAAUCACAACGCCGUGGUUCGGUCGACGUUCACCACCUCUGACCACAUGAACCAUGGAGAUUUGUUUUCUUCUCCUCCUUCUUUUUCUCGUUUUCAAAACUCUCAUGUCUCUUCAUCUUCUUUUGCAUUGAACAAUUCAUAUCAUAUGAGGAGAGACACUAACUCUGUCUCUGGUGUUGAUAUUGUUCCUAUGCAAGAUAAUCCUCAGUUUUCUCAAGUCUCUUUCACCCAAACCAUCACAAACAAAUAUUCUGCUAUUGUUCCCACCAGUGAAAUUGCCAAUCUCCAAAAUAAUCUCCAACGUCCCAUGGAUUCUCAAACCAACACUUGGAACCGUCCUCCUUCUUUUCAUCCUCAAAAUGUUGCCACCAGUACAAUCAAUCAUUUCCAAAAUGUCCAACGUCCCAUGGAUGCUCAAGCCAACACUUGGAACCGUCGUCCUUCGUUUCACCCUCAAAAUGUUCCCGCCACUUCAACCUCCAGUUUCCCAAACGUUGUCCAACGUCCCAUCGAUUCUCAAACCUCUUCUUGGGUUAAUCCUUCAUUCCAAUCUUCAAACUUUGCUGGGAGCGAGAUCUUGCAGCCUGAGCCUCUCAAUGUCGUGUUUCCUCAACAAGACUCUAUUUAUCGUCAGCACUUGGACUUGUUUUCUGCGGCAUCAAAGCAACACCCUGGCCAACAUGUUCCCCAAGAUGCUCCACCUCUGCAGGAUGCCACUGAACCAGCCGAAUUCGCUGAAGAAUUUGCCGAUCAGUAUCUCAAUCCUGAAGAAGAGGAGAUCAGUGAAGAUGAUCCGUAUGAUGGUCGGACUCAUAGUCUGCCGUAUGAGAAAUACGGUCCAUACACAUGUCCAAAGUGCAGUGGUGUGUUUGACACGUCCCAGAAGUUUGCUGCACACAUGUCAUCUCACUACAAGACAGAGACGAACGAAGAAAGGUAUGAGAGGUACCGCGCAAGGAACAAAAAAAGGUUUCGUAAACUUCACCGCGCAAUGUAUGGCCAAUCCAAGAGAGUCAAACUGGAGGAUGGAGUCAGCAACGGUGGAGCGAGUGGGAGUGGAAAUUUCCAGCAGCUUGUGGUCGUCAAAGAAGAGCCUCUUUAA